CGGACGCUAGUGGCUUUGGGAGCUGCAAGGGACCCGCGCGCCGUGGGGACUCAGGUCUGGCCAGGGAACAGCGACCCGCCUUCCCCAGCAGCUAGGCUGUGAGGGGCAAAAUGGGGCCAGGCUCUCAGCGCGCGCUCGUCCUUGUCUUGCUGCUCCUCGCCAGCCCCGGAGCGCGGGCUUUCCAGAGCUGUCUCAACAAACAGCAGCUCCUCACAACCAUCCGUCAGUUGCAGCAGCUGCUGAAGGGCCAGGAGACCCGCUUCACAGAAGGCAUUCGAAACAUGAAGAGCCGGCUGGUUGUUCUGCAAAACACUGUUAACAAAAUGACCCCGGAUGCACCUCCAGUUUCCUGCCCAGCUCUGGAUGCCCCUCCUGAUGGCAGAAAGUUUGGAAGCAAGUAUUUAGUGGACCAUGAAGUCCAUUUUACCUGCAACCCUGGGUUCCAACUGGUUGGGCCCAGCAGCGUGGUGUGUCUUGCUAAUGGUACCUGGACUGGAGAACGGCCCCGCUGCAGAGAUAUCAGUGAGUGCUCCAGUCGUCCUUGUCACAAUGGAGGGACAUGUGUGGAGGGUGUCAACCACUACAGAUGCAUCUGUCCUCCAGGAAAAACUGGGAACCGCUGUCAGCAUCAGACCCAGGCUGCGGCCCCCGAUGGUGGCCAUGCUGGCAUGGCCAGCGACCCCGCCUUCAGCCGUGCACCCCGCUGCGCACAGGUGGACAGGGAGCAACACUGCAGCUGCGAGGUGGGAUUCCAUCUGAGCGGCACCGCGGGCGGCAACAGCGUCUGCCAGGAUGUGAAUGAGUGUGAGAUCUACGGGCAGGAAGGUCGCCCCCGGCUCUGCAUGCAUGCCUGUGUGAACACCCCUGGCUCUUACCGAUGCACCUGCCCGAGUGGAUACCGGAUCCUGGCUGAUGGGAAGAGCUGUGAGGAUGUUGAUGAGUGUGCGGGCCCACAGCACACAUGUCCCCGGGGAACCGCAUGCAUCAACACUGGAGGCGGCUUCCAGUGUGUCAACCCUGAGUGUCCUGAGGGCAGUGGCAAUAUAAGCUACGUGAAGACAUCUCCCUUCCAGUGCGAGCGAAACCCUUGUCCAAUGGACAGCAGGCCGUGUCGCCACCUGCCCAAGACCAUCUCCUUCCAUUACCUCUCUCUCCCUUCCAACUUGAAAACGCCCAUCACGCUCUUCCGCAUGGCCACAGCCUCAAUUCCUGGCCAUCCCGGGCCCAACAGCCUGCGCUUCGGGAUCGUGGGUGGGAACAGCCGUGGCCACUUCGUAAUGCAGCGCUCAGACCGGCAGACAGGAGAACUGAUCCUUAUACAGACCCUGGAGGGGCCUCAGACUCUGGAGGUAGAUGUUGACAUGUCGGAAUACCUGGAACGCUCCUUCCAGGCCAACCAUGUGUCCAAGGUCACCAUCUUUGUGUCUCGCUAUGACUUCUGAGGAUGCUGUGGCAGUCGGGAGGCUGGGGUUUGAGAUCUGGGUUGAUUUCACUUCCCCAAGGUCACACUGCAGGCAAGAGCUGUGGUGGUCUUUUCUUUUCUUUGUCAUGUUCCCACCUACUCUGCGUGUUCACUCAGGCUUCUAGACCAGGGGCUUGUGCAGACGGGAAACCACAAACAAAUGCUGUUUCCACCAUCACACUACUUUUUUUUUUCUGCUUCAAGCCCCACCCCUACCCCUUUAGGAGACAGCACAGAAUUUCAAAAUGCUAUGUGACUGACCAUGUGAAUCUGAACCAGCUGAGGUGGGGAAGAAGCUCAUGGUGUGUGCUUGAGACAACAGGCAACAGUUCUGCAUUGAGGUCACUGAGCUUUUGCUGGCUGAGUGUGUUCUAGCUCUGUGGAUGGUCUAAUGGCCCCGUGAGCUACCUACCACGAUGAUACCGUACCCUGUGACAUUCCAACCACCUUCUUAUCAGCAAGCUAUAGGGGAGCCUGGCAACCCUGAGCAGGUCCUUCUAGACCAAGGAGUCAACAUGAAAUCAUGGAUUUUGUCAGAGUUUCUUCACUUGAGAGAAAGCAUGUCUCAAAAACAUGACCUGCUUUUAUGGCUGUGGAACUAGAGUCUGUUUCUAUUCUCUGCCCAUCUGACUUUCCCCUGAGUGUGAGAGAACCUUCUAGGAAGAGGUAGUCCUCUUUCUGCCCAGCUUGGACAUGGAGGAUAGAGAGAGUAAGAGAGAUGAUGUGUAGGAUUGCUCCAAUAGUUUCAAUAUAGGUUGAUCACAUGGGAGACCGGUAUGGAUGGCAUCUGGCCCUGGAAUGUUUAGGAGAAUACUCAAAUUGUCUUUCAUUCCAUGGUUUCUUCUUUAGUUGGAGGAACCAAAUGUUGAUGUCUUCCACAUGAAUGAAUCAGGAAAACUCCAUCGAGCACUGAGAACUGGGUGGGGCCAUUCCAGUUAAAGCUUAAAAGCCGGAUGGGAUGGAUUGAGAGGAGUUUCAAUGUCCAAAUAGAUGCUAAUCUACUGGGAACAUUGCUUUGUAUACGUUUUAGCUUUAAAAAUAUUUCUAGAAGAUGGGACAGGCUGAGUGAAUUUGAGGGCAGUAUGGAUGACAUAGUAAGACUGUUUCAAACAAAAUAAGACAAGAGGACUCGGGCUGUAGCUCAGUGGGAAGAGUUAUUGUAAAGCAUGCACAAAGCCCCAAGAUCAUUUCCUUGCACUGCAUAAAACUGAGCACAGUUGUACAUUUCUUGGCUACAUAGCCAGUUUGAGAGUUUGUACCUGGCCUCUUC